AUGGCGUCUGUUGGAAGGGUUUAUUUAUUACAUGAAAUGGUACUUGGUGUGGCCCAACACACCUGGUUAUGUUUCUGCAAGAGUAUCCCUUUGACAGCUUUCCAGAGCAGAGGGUGCAGGCUCAGGUCCUGUAGCACUGCUCAUUCCCAAAACAUGACACCCCAUUUCCUGCCCUGGCUUGGUUGGCAGCAGCAUCUGCUCCCAGCAGAAGCCCUGGAAAACUUUCCUUCUGUCCUUCCUUCCUCAGCCAUCACCUUCACCAGAGGGGCGAGCACCUCUGUGGCGGCACCGACACCACAUCCUGGUACCGCCACCACGUCCCGGUACCGCAACGCCCUGUGGUUCGUGACGGGGGUGCGGGAGUGCACGAGGACCAGCUAUGAGUCUGCUUCCAAGCACUUCAGUCCAGCUGAUGUGGAGGCAUCUGGCUGCAAGGUCCUUUCUGGUGCAAAGAGUGGCACUGGUAGGGCCACAGUCAAAGAGACAGCGAGGGCAGGUGGCACGGUUCAGCUGGUUUGCAGAAGUAAGGAAUGAGCUGAGGUCUUUCGAGGAGAAAUAGUGAUGGAAAUGAUCAACUAGAAUAUUUUCUUGCGUAUUCUGGAUAUAUCUGACACCAAGAAAAUCUGGAAGUUUGCUGAAAUAUUCAAAAUUGAACAUAAAUGAGAUGUGUGGAACCAAAAGUUAGUGUUGGUGCCUGUCUGUCUUUUAGGUACUUACAUUCUGACAACUGCUCUGCUGCCCCUCCUGGAACAAGCAGCUGAUUUCAGACUGAUAACUGUCUCUUCUGGGGCCAUGCUUGUUCAACAUACCGUGCUAAACAUACCUGACUUGUAGUCAGGAAAUAGGACAUCUGAUGGAACUAUGAUGUAUGCACAAACCAAGGUACAAUAGCAAGUUGUCUUGACAGAACAAUGGGGAAAAGCUCACAGAAAUAUCCGUUUCUCUGUUAUGCACCCCAGCUGGGCAGACACUCCAGAUAGUAUCUGCUUAAGACUGACUAUAAUUCUUUCUUUUCAGGAUUAUUCAAGGACUCUGCAACCCCCAAAAAUAAACAGCCAUGAGGGAUGGGCCUUCAGUCAUCACCUGUUUGACAAAAUAAAGGGAAACCAGAGUUUAAACAUGAAUUAUGUAAUUGGUUUAGGCACUGAUGACUGCACAGUUUUAAAAUACAGUUCUGCAACUGAUUUCAUAAAAAUGAAUAUGAAGAAUAUCCUGUGCACAGAGGCCCAGGGAGCUGUUGUGUGGAUGGCAGUAUCAUCUGAAGCAAUGAGUUUACUGAGAGGAUUGUUCUUCCAAGCCAGGCAACCAGUCCCUACGCACUUACCCCUGGCAAGCACCCACAGUCCACUCGAGGACAAGGAGAAGCUAAUGGAGAUGCUGGAACAGCUCUCCCAGGAAGUUUAAAUCCACUCGUGCAAGAACUUAGUGUCAUUGCCAACACAGUGUAACUGCAAAGCUGCUAACUGCACAGUACUGCAGUGUGCUUGCUGUUGAGGGGAAGA